GUGACAUUCAGCUGAGGGUUCAUCACAGAACAGAAGGAGAACAGGAACAGAACCAGAACAGAAGCAGAGCAGAUCCAGAACAGAAGGACCAGAACAGAACAGAAGAACCGUGGAAGCAGACACCGCACAGACCCGACCAUGGCCGUCCACCUCCUGCUGAUGUUCCUGCUGUUCCACGCUCUGGUUCUGACAGCUGCGCAGGGCCGUAAAGACGUCUUGUACGUGCAGAGUGCGGUGGGCGGUGACAGCAUCCUGCCCUGUGCCAGACCUGGCCCCGCCUCCGGAUGCUCCUCCAUCACCUGGACCUUCUACAAGGCCGGGGAGGUGCGCUACUCGGUGGAGGUGAGCGGCGGCAAGAUGCGCAAGGACUCGGACAAAUCCGGUCGCAUGUCCCUGACGUCCGACUGCUCCCUGGACCUCCAGGACCUGAGGGUGGAGGACUCGGGCUCCUACGUCUGUAUGUCGGACAUGAGGCCUGUGGCGGACGUGUACCUGUCCAUCCUCACUGUCUCCUCCCCCUCUGCCGUCACCGAGCUGCGACCCGGAGGACACCUGGUCCUCAGCUGCGUCCUGCACACCUUCUACGAUGCCGGAAGCUGCAAGUCCUACUCCAGCGUGUUCACCGUCAGCUGGGUGGCGGAGGACGGGACGGCGCUGACCACCGACGGCAGGUACCAGCUGAUGGAACACUCUCGCUGUAACGUCACUCUUUGGACUCGUCUCCGUGCGGACGACCACGGCAGGAGGUGGCGUUGCCAGGCCAACCACACCGCGCUCAGCCGGCUGGUGUCCAUGGACGUCACCACCUCCUUCCUGUUGGGGUCAGUUGAGGCUCCUGUGGUGUCGGCGCUCCAGUGUCCGCUCCACCUGCCCGUCAGCCGCAUCGUCCUCUGCGCCACGCUGCCCAUCAUGGUGCUCAUGGUGGCGCUGUUCACCUGGAGAACCGACCGCAAACAGAACCAGAACCGGAAGAAGGAAACAGCUGCCGGCAUCAAGCUCCAGGGAAUCUGAGUACGACUGAAGAACCAAAGACAAAAUGAAAAGAACCGAAAGGAACCGCAACAAGACAAAGAGAAAAGAACCAAAAGGAACCGCAACAAGACAAAGAGAAAAGAACCAAAAGGAACCGCAACAAGACAAAGAGAAAAG